CGUUCGGUCGAAAGAUUAAAUUGGUGCUAUCUCAUAUCUGAAUAAGUAUUCUGCUUGUUAAAGAAAGAGAAACAGUGGUUAAGUCGUGUCGUAGAUUGUAUAUUAUAUUUCUUUAUUGCCAACUAGCCUCUCUCCUCUACUCCUCUCAUUCCUUUCAUCUCAUUCAUUGAUGAGUUUAUGAGUUUUUCUUCAUUUGUCCACCGGUUCACUAGAGAUAAACUUUGGUCUAAGAAAAUGAAGUUUCUUUUAGUUACAUUAGCUUUUGUUGGCAUUUGGGCUUACGUUAGCUGCAACGAUAAAAAAGGACCCAAAGUAACAGAUAAGGUAUGGUUUGACAUCACAAUCGGUGACGAAGCCAUAGGACGUAUUGAAAUAGGAUUAUUCGGUAAAACUGUGCCAAAAACUGUAGAGAAUUUCAAACAAUUAGCCCUAAAGCCGGCAGGAGACGGAUACAAAGGCAGCAAAUUCCAUAGGGUUAUCAAAGAUUUUAUGAUUCAAGGCGGCGAUUUUACUAAAGGCGACGGAACAGGAGGUCGCAGCAUCUAUGGUGAAAGGUUUGCUGAUGAAAAUUUCAAGCUUAAGCAUUUUGGUGCUGGAUGGCUCUCGAUGGCCAAUGCUGGCAAAGACACUAAUGGUUCCCAAUUCUUUAUCACCACAAAACAAACUCCUUGGCUGGAUGGACGCCAUGUCGUUUUCGGUAAGAUCAUUAAAGGCAUGGACGUUGUGAGAAAAAUUGAAGCUACUGAAACUGAUAGCCGUGAUAAACCUAGUAAAGAUAUUAUUAUAGCAGACUGCGGUGCUGAAAGUAUAAAUGAACCUUUUAGUGUAGAAAAAGCUGAUGCGGAGGAAUAAACUAAGUUGUAUAUAUUUUUUCAGUGAUUUAUUUUUAAAAUUUUUACCUAUGUCUUUUAAUAAA